AAACCCUACUGCAAACCACCACAAAGAUGUUUUCGUUGCCCAACGCCUUACCAAAUCUUGAAAUCUCCUCUCUUCCCUUCGUUCAUCCUUCUUAGCUUUUACUCUAACCAAGAAAAGCUUUCCUUUUUCACUAUUGAAGAAUCAACAAGCACGAUGCUUCCCUUCCUUCCUCCUUUUGCGAACCAAAAGCCGGUGCAACGACGCAACGAUCCACCUCCCAAUCUUUUUACAAGUUCCUCAAGCGCCCUACCCAACCAAUUCGGCUUCAACAAUCCUCAGAUGUUGAUGCCAGCGAUGGGGCGCUUUAACAACCAGAACGCGUUUCUGAGCUUGCUUACGCAGCAGCUUAUGAUGCAGGGACUGCAAUAUACUCUUAUGGGCUCUCUUUUGCAGCAGGGGAUGAUGCCCCAGUUGCCAGGGCAGCAGCUUAAUUUGCUUAGUGCUCACUUCAUGUCUUUACAGCAUGGGGGACUUUUAGGCCGGCCACCUAUGGAUCAGAAUCUGAACCAGAUGUUGGGAUUUUCAGCAUAUGGAUUGUUAGGCUUACAAAGCCUUAUCUUUCCUCCUAAUACUCAGUUACCAGUGAUCGGCUCUGGUAAUUCCAAUCCUGUUUUAUUGAGAAAUGGCAGCACAGUGGUUGGGCAGAGAUCGAGUAGUUCGAAAGGGCUUGAAACACAGAUAACCAGACGGAAAUCACAAAAACCAAAUUUGCCAGGUCCAGUGCAGAAUAGUAAGUCCAACAAUGGACGCCAGCGGCUACAGAUGACGGAUGGCCAAACUAGUGGAAAGAAUUUCUCAAAUAACUCCUCUAAUAAUGUUCCUAGCAAUAAUUUCAAACCAGAAUUUAAUGAACAAGGGAAAAUGGAACCAUCACAUAUGAGCUUCCAAAAAUCUCAAUCAUGCAACUCAAGAAAUGCUCGACAAAAGGAGAGAAGAUUUGCCAAAAAUAAUCAAAGAGGGGCAAGAAGAGAUCGAGAAACUGCAGUACCUGGAGAUCGUUCAUCUGGCAGCGAUCAGAGCGGUGUUCUGUGGUUUUCGAGUCUGUACUUGUACGCAAAGGAGAAAUCCGGCCCUCUUCGAAAUGGAGUCGACAGCGUCGAAGGCACCGUCAAGGCCAUCGUAGGUCCGGUCUACGACCGCUACCAUAAUCUCCCCUUCGAUCUCCUUAAGCUCGCUGAUCGCAAGGUCGGCGCGUCGGUCCAGGAGCUGGAGCGGCACGUGCCAGACGGGGUUAAGCAGGCAUAUUCGAAGGCCCAGAAGGCGCCUGAAUUGGCCCGCUCGGUCGCCGGUGAGGUCCAGCGAACGGGAGUGGUGUCGACUGCUGCCGGUCUAGCAAAGGCUGCUUGUUUCCGGGCCGAGCCGGCGGCGGAGCGGUUCGCUGCGUCGGCGUGGCGGGCGCUGAAUCGUCUACCGGGCUUCCCACAAGAGGGGAGGGGGGGGGUGGCCUCCGGGCAGCGUUACAACGGCGCGGUUACGUCCGCCGCGGAGAAGGGUUACGCUGUCUCCGCCUACCUGCCGCUGGUACCCACCGAGCGUAUCGCCAAAAUCUUCGACGUGGCGGUUGCCGAGUGAAUUCUACGGCAGUGAUUGUUUUCUGUUUCAAAGUGCGUGGAAUGGACGGUGGUGAUGAAUGCUUCUGUUUUUGUGUCGUUUCAUUUUUUCUACCGUGGUUCGACGUCAAUGUUGUGUGCUAAUCUUAUGAAUUAUAAUUUUAUUUUUGUGGCUCUUCAUGUCG